AUGGAAUCCAUUGAAAAUCCUCUACUGAAUAUCACUCCGGAAAUCGUCCAAAAUAUAAGGAAAAUAUACAAUCUCGAUGAGCCUAAACGAAUGCAGGAAGCUAUCAAUAUUCUAGAAGAAUGGAUCCAAAAGCAGCCACAUAUCGUCAAGAAGGAUUUUAGUAAGCGGUAUUUAGAGGGGUCUAUCAUAUCAAGCAAAGGCUCAGUGGAAAAGGCGAAGAGACAAAUAGACCGUUUGUGCACAAUGAAAACUUUAAUACCAAAACUAUUUUCAAAAUACAAUUUGAAAACAGAACUGCAGCGAGUUUUAGAGAAAUCGUGGUACAUCCCUCUUCCAAGACUGACAGAAGACUAUUACAGAAUAAUAAUAGUAAAGGGAUUCAAUAACGAUUAUACACCUGAAGAAAUCCUUCAGUAUUUUCAAGCCACUGUAAUUCUACAAGAAUGA